AUGGCACAGAAAGCGAAAAAGGACAGGGCGAAGGCCAAUACCCAAACACUCAACUAUCUCCACUAUGGAGCAUUUCUCGCAAAUGCCCUAUUCUGCCUCUCCCAUUUUUUAGUACGAUCUCGGAAUAUGUGGGCCUAUGUGCUUCUCUCACUCGCACCCUGGGUUAUUGAAUGGUUCCUCGAGCGCAAUAGUCGUCCCAAGUUCGACCAAGCUGGCAAAAUGGUUUCCGCGGGAGAAGAUCUCGCAGCUCCAGGAUUGACGGAAUAUAUGUUCGAUAUCAUAUGGAUGCAUUGGUUAUCAUUGCUUGCUGUUGUUGUAUUUGGCAACUGGGGCUGGCUCAUAUUUUCGAUAGUGCCGAUAUAUGGACUUUACAAGGUGUUUGGUCUGUGGUCGGGAGCAAAGGGAAUGAUGGGUGGGGGCCAGGGAACACAGGGACCUCAAGAACCAAUGCCGAUGGCAGGUAAUAGAAGGCAAAGAAGACAGUAA